CUGCACAAGAAGGUCAAUCAAGCCCAAAGCGAAAUGUAAAUGAGACGUCAUUCAACGCCGCUGGGAUGUCCGAGCUUGUCACUUUCUUCAUUGGUCCAACUAAGACAAAGUUCAUCAUACACAAACAGAUCGCAUGCGAAGCCUCUCCAGUUCUCAAGGCUGCUUUCAACAGCUCAUUCGUCGAGGGUCAGACUCAAACCUAUACACUCAUUGACACUCCCGAGGCUACCUUUGCUCUGUUCACGGAAUGGAUGUAUACGGGAAACAUAGUCAAUAGACUCACAGGUGAUACUCCUGCGGUCGAGGUGGGAUUGGCUGAGGCACAUCUUCUUGAACUCUGGGUUCUAGCUGAAAAGCUCUUGGUUCCAAAAAUUCAAAACCGAGCGUUGUGUCUUUUCGAGGAAAUCCGAGACAGAUUCAGUAAAGUCUGCAUCUACAAAUACAAGUACGUCUGGGAGAAUACUGCUGAUGGUUGUACUCUGAGAGCAUAUUUGCUCAAUGUACUCGUUCGGUGUGUACUUAAGAAAGCUUACCAGACACAGAAACAGUGUUUCACGGUGGAUAUACUGGUUGAUGCGGCGAUUCUUUUGAGAGAUAUCCUGGAUUCUGGCUGUAAGCUUCUGCCUCUACCAGCGGUGGAAACCUUCUAUGUCAUGGAGGAGAGUGAGUAGGCAGCACUGAGAGAUCUGGAG